AUUAAAUGCCUUAAAAAAUGAAAAAGAAGGUUUCUGGAGAUAUCAGAGCUCUCGUAGAACACUGUGUUUCAACAAAUGAACGGUGUUUGUUUCUGAUAGUUGGAGAUAAAAGCCGCUUUCAAGUAGCAAAUCUCCACUACCUACUCCAAAGAGUCUCAGGAAAGAAGCCAAACGUACUCUGGUGUUAUAAAAAAUCAUUAGAAGUUUCUUCACAUCAAAAAAAGAGGCAGAAACUGGCUAAUAAACUGGCAAAGAAAGGACUAUAUGACGAAACUACAGAGUCACCUUAUGAACUGUUUCUUAGAACUACAGAUAUUAAAUAUGUAUAUUAUAGAGAUUCACAGAAGGUUCUAGGUCAGACAUUCAGUGUUUUAGUUUUACAGGAUUUUGAGGCACUAACACCAAACGUGUUGUGCAGAACCAUAGAAACAGUUGAAGGAGGAGGAAUCAUAUUUAUUCUCCUAAGAACAAUGGAAUCGUUGGAAGAUUUGUACAAUAUUACAAUGGACGCACAUUCAAAACUGUGUUCAUACAGGCAUGACAAAGUUGAACCUAGGUUUGUGAGAAGAUUUGUUUUGUCACUUUCAAGUUCAAAAAACACAAUGGUAGUAGACGAUGAGCUUAAUAUCUUGCCUAUAUGUAAAGGAGGUUUAACUAAAGAGGUUAAAAAGGACCCUAAAAAGAAGCUGAAUAAACUAUUAAAUAAACUGAACAGUGAGGAAUUUGCACAUGAAGAUUAUUUAGUAUUGAAGAAACUAUCAACUCUAGCAGUUACGUACAGUCAAUUGAAGAGCCUAAUAUCACUCUUAAAUAUAAUACUUGAGGAAUCAGAUAGAAAAAUUGUGACAAUACUGAGUGAUAGAGGAAGAGGGAAAUCAGCAACUAUAGGGCUAUUUCUCUCAUCAGCCCUUCAGUUGGACUUUAGAAACAUUUUAAUCGUGGCUCCCAAUGUAGAAAAUGUAUCAACAUUGUUUGAUUUUUUACAAAGGGGACUUAAGUGCCUGGGAAUUGAUGAAUAUUCAGGAUACACAGUUACAAGGACUGAAGGAUACCCUAGUUACCUAAAGUUGAAUAAAAGAAACUCUGGAGUUAAAUUCAUGUCAUCAACAGAAAUAAAAAACCCGGAAGAGUUCAUAAAGAUGUUCUCCUGGGACAUCCUGAUCAUAGAGGAAGCAGCCUCAAUCCCACUCCCAAUAGUGGACGUUCUCAGCUCCAAGGGCAUUGUGAUCAUAUCCUCAACGACAGGCGGAUAUGAAGGUACAGGAAGAUCGAUUUCAUUAAAACUCAUACAAAAGUUUAAGAAAACAUUGUCCUCAGAUACUUUGUCAGAAAUUACACUUAAACAACCCAUUAGGUAUGCUAGAAAUGAUCCAAUUGAGUCAUGGCUUAACUCUCUAUUGUGCCUUAACACAUUCAAGGACGAAGGCAUAGAUUCAUGUAAAGGAGAUAUCAUAGUGCCUCAAAAGUGUAAAUUCCUGUUAGUUAACAGGAAUCUCCUGUUCUCUCACCAUCCAUACACUGAACAGUUUCUGAAGAAGUUGACAUUCACACUUACGUCAUCGCACUACAGAAACUCGCCAGAUGAUUUACUGCUACUCUCAGAUGCACCAGCACACAAAAUCAUGGUCCUGGCGUAUGUAAAACAGAAUAAAAAUAACCCUGAAGAGGAACAUAAACUCACCAAUGGUACUACCCCAAACGGCAUGGACCAAGAUAAUGAUAAGGAUGAACUAACAGAUGAUGAUCAAGAAAAAGUUGAUGAAGAUGAUGGAUUAAGCAUAAUGUGUGUACUGCAUGUAUCACUAGAAGGGUCAAUAGGUAAAGAGGCAGUUAAAAAUGCAAUAACUAGAGGAGCUAAGCCUUCAGGAGACUUAAUUCCAUGGACAAUAACACAACAUUUCUGUACAGAGGAUUUCGGACAGCUAAAUGGGAUAAGAAUCGUAAGAAUAGCUGUGCCACAAAGUUUACAGAACCUGGGAUACGGCACUGAAACAAUAAAAAGGCUAAUCAAGUACCGGAAUCUAAUACCCUCAGUUAAUGAAGAUCAGGAUACGCUCUUGAUGAAUUUAGAUGACCUUGCGGAGGGCUCUGACCUGGAUAAAAUUGAGGCAAACAUGCCAUCUCAGGAAUCCUACGAAAACAUGGGUCAUAUUCACUACAUAGGCACAUGUUUUGGAGUUAGUUCAGACCUAGUGAAGUUCUGGACUAGAGUUGGUUUUAGCGCUAUUUACAUGAGGCAGGUGCCCAACGAGUGUACAGGAGAAUUCUCAGCAAUAAUGCUCUUGAACACUUCUUCAGAAGAUUGGCUAACUCCAUUCAAGGAAGACUUCAAACAUAGAAUUCUAGCUCUUUCUGGAAGCUGUUUUAGGCAUCUUAAGUGCACCACCAUACUCUCACUGCUGUCAGGAGGUGGAGUGAAGGGGAAUCCAGAUAACCAAAGUGACUCACAAACUGAAGUUGACCCUGAAGUUUCAGAUGAUGAUAUGAAGUUUAUUUUCUCACUAAUAAACUCACACGACCUUGGAAGAAUGGACAGAUACGGGAAACAGCUGGCUGAGUUUACCAUUGUCACAGACUUGAUACCCAAGGUUUCAUAUUUGUAUUUCACAGGAAAACUUAACCUGAAGAUAUCAUUUUUGCAAUCCUGCAUACUUCUGGCUGCGGGAUCCCAGUAUAAAUCAGUUAAUCAAAUCUGUGAUGAGCUGAAGAUGCCAAUGAACCAGGUCAUGGCCCUACUCCAGAAAACUGUAGUAAAAGUAUCUAGAGUACUAAGUAAACUGGAAGCGAAGUCCGAGGAAACGUAACCUGAAGAACCAUAAUGUGUAAAAAUGUAAAAUAAAUUAAUAUAAAUACA